AGAGAAACUCGGGUUUUCCUUGCAGAAGGAGCUCGCAACGGACCUGAUCUGCAGUCGCUCCCUGAGCUGUAUAAGGGUUUUGUCAUGAACUACAUGAUGCAUGAUCUUGAAAAACCCCUUCCGGAGCUUCUUAAAAUGCUCCAGACUGCAGAGGAGAACCUUACUAAGGGCAAGGGUGCUUCCGUCCUUAUGGUCCAAGGCGGAAAGGGGAAGCCGAAGAAAGGGAUUAAGAUUAAGGCUAGGACGGCCGGAAAGCCUAAAUCGAAGUCCACUUCAUCUGCAACCCAAAAACCCGGACUGAAGAAGAGUAGACGGUUAGCUCGAGGCGAGAUUGAACUCCGAGUCGGCAAUGGUGCACCUGUUGCAGCUUUGGCAAUCGGAACUUAUAGUUUAGUCUUGCCUAGUGGUCUAAUGUUGGAAUUAAACGAUUGCUUGUACGUUCCUGCAAUUAGCAGAAACAUUAUUUCUGUUUCAUGUCUUGAUAAGUGUAACACCCCGGCCCCCACCCUGGCCGUAAGUGUUCGCUCAUAGGAUUCCAAGAGGAACAAACCGAACGGUUUGAACCAAACAUACCUAUGGCAUUGUAGGUUAGGCCAUAUAAACGAGAAACGCAUAU